UUACGACUUUUUCAUUCUCAAUGAUUAAAUGUAAAGUCAAAAUGAAAAACAAAAAUUCAAAAGAAAAACAAAUUGCAAGAUCUCUAUCCCAAAACCAAAACCCCAUCAGAAAUCUAACUUCAAAUUUCAACACCACCGUAGAAAUCUACAAUACCUCACUGCAAAAUCCUCACACUCUCCCAAUUUAUUCUCAUGGCAGAGGGCAACGAUAAUUCAGAAGUCAAACAUGCCCAACAACCCUUUUUGGAGGUGGUGUGCAAGAGUUCGGGCAAAAUUAGGCGUUUUUCGAAUGGAACCGAAGCGGGUUUUGCUGUUAAUUUGAUAAACAAGAAAUUGUUUAAUGGUGGUGGUAGUGGGAAUAGCUUAUUGGCUUCCCACAUUGAGGCUGUUAAAGAAGGAGAAGAAAAAGAAGAAGAAGCUGUUAGCUUCGGCCCCAAUUCGUUGCUCGUCGAUUAUGGGUCCGGUUGGAAGUUGCAAACUGUCGUUGAAUCGAAUGGUGAUAAAGGAGGAGAUGUUGGCAGGAAGAGAGUGAAGAAAGCUUCUACCGAUUACGAGGACUAUGAUGAUCCACAUGCCAAGAGGGGAAACCAGUCACCUCUCACUUUAGUGUACGUUGGAAAGAUAAUAUUCGCAUUUCUUCUGAUAUUUGUGUUCGGUGCAGUUUUCACCUUGGCUUUGGAAAACCUUCCCCGAUUCAUCUUGUAUAUUAAUUCGUCAUUCUGAAUUUUAUUUCUGCGUGUAAACUUUUUUUUUUUUAAAUUAAUUGAGUUCUUACUU